AUGUCUGAACAUGCUUUCAGCAGCGACGCUGCCGAAGACUAUACCGACUUGUCUCUAUCUGCCCAAGCUCUAGCGUCGGCGUCCCCCGCUGUGCGCAUCGCCGAGCUGCAGCAUUUGGCUGAGGCAGUGGCCAAGAAAUCGUCUGACGACGAAUUUGCUUCCAAAGCUCUGCAACUGGUCUUCAACACUCAUCCAUCCUACCAGGAUCGUGAAUCUAGAUUGGCAGCCCAAAGAUGUCUAGUAUCAAUCGUCACGAGAGAUGAUAGCUUCUCAACACUGGAACAAUUGGCAAGAUGUUUGAGACAAGAAUCUUCGAAGCAAGGAAUUGCUACGUCCAGCGCCUUUGUUUUGGCCGAGUGGUGCAGCAUUCUUAUGCAACAUUUGUCUGAAGCUUCGUGGGAAAAAGCUGGCAACGAGAUUUUGCUUUCAUAUGCAGACGUCCUGGAAAAGUGUGUAGGGCCAUCUUCAAGGCCCACGCUGGCACAUUCAGCCAUUAUAGUAACCCGAAGAGGAUUUCGGAAACUUUUUAGUUCGCCAACUUUGGGACCCAAGAAUUUGAAUGAUUCUGUGACGAUUCUGACCUCCAAACGCAGCACACCAACUGCGAAAUAUUCCAUUAUUCUGGGGGUCAUUGCCGGGGUUGCUGUUCGCCGACCUGCGCUACUACCUACUCUGCAGACUCUCAGGUCCAUGUACUACGAAUUUUACAAUCGGGAGAUCUUGGGCUCUCGUUCUACGAUACCAAGACAUGUUGCCGCAGGGCUCAGCGAUUUUUUCUCCAGCUGCACGGUACUGGACGAAUUCCAGAACAGUGUUAUCCCGCCUUUGGAGAAGAGUUUACUUCGUACCCCUGAAGUAGCCCUGGACCGCGUUCUUCCCAGCCUAGUGAAGGCUCUGCCCGCCGAAAUCGAUCUCUCAAAAGUGUUGACCGGCAAACUUCUGAAGCUGCUGCUCUCGAACGUUAAAUCGACUAAUAGUUUGAUCCGUGCCGGGGUUCUCGCCUCCUUCCAGGCUAUCAUUGCCAAAUGCCACGACUCAGAUGCCAUCGACCAAACUAUCGAAGAGAUAGGAGGCCCCCUGAAGAGUGGUAAAUUGGCAUCCGCUGAUCAACGCAUUCUUCACGCAGAAAUGCUAGAAGCAAUUCCUCUGUCUUGCCCAAAUGCCCAGAAGAUGACCACUCUUUUGGCUGUUGUCGCUGGCAAGGAAGGAAACGAGGUAGCGUUGGCCGCCGAAACGUUGACACUCUGUCGAGCCGUCAAUGUCCUGAUUGAUGGCAAUAGCGAAAUCUCGCAGCCCGUCCUAGGCGCAUUGCUCAAAGGAUUAGCGGAUAAAAAAGCGGCAAUUCGAAAAAUUUGGCUUCUUCGUGUAGGAUCUAUCCUUCGUGCUAUGGAUGGCUCGGAUCCAAAUGCCACACUAUUCACGUUCACAGAGGCAGUCAUUCCAAAAUUCAUUGAUAACUUUCAUGAAGUUGUUGCCAAUCCCACGUUGGCUGCCCAGAGCGGCACUAUCGUUGGAGCCUAUAUCCUCACUGCUAUAUACCCCGUUAUUCGACGAUGGUCUUCCGAUUCAAAAACUGCACAAGAUCUGCUGAAAUUGUCAACGACAAGCCAUGCACUAGCGUCUAUACAAUCUUUCCUCUUGAACUCAAAGAUUUAUAACAAGAUUGGCGGCGAAGAAGACUAUCACUGGUUUCGCCUUGCGCUGGCUUCUGUUGCAACGGGAUUGGAUAGCAACACUCAGAGAGACAUCGUUCUUGCGUGGGCAGAAGCCAUGAUAUAUAUCGUUGCAGUCACUUCUGUGCCGUCGAAUGUACGACAAGAAAGCGCCAGAUCCCUUUCUAGCCUCUAUGCUCAAAAUCCCAGCAUGAUGGCAAAUAUUAUCGCUGAUGGCCUGUGGUCACUCUUGACUCAUUCUAUUAAAGCUGGGGAUAAAGACUCCGCUGCGGAAUCGCGAGAUUUGGUUAGAGUUUUGAAGUCGAUAUGUAUUGGCUCCAAGGAGUUGGAAACACUUGGAGGCAGCGUAUCGCUAGAAAGAUUGGAGCAGCAAGCUUGCUCUUUACUAAUUCUAUGCCGAACAGAGCUAAUACCCCGAGCUAAUUGGAUAGACAUGUGUCUUCGAAUGGGCAUCGACCCUGGAAAUCUUGCCCAAAAAUAUGCGGAUCCAUUGCUUAAGGAGAUAAGCGAACGCACUUCAGCGGACCAGAAGAUUGAAAUUAUUCGAACUGCAGCUUAUAAUGCAGCCGCCGAAUUGGCCUUUGUUGCCCCAGACACUAUCAUUCCCCGUCUAAUAGAUCUUAUAACCCAUGACUUAGAUCCAGAGCCUGUGAAGGCCAUUGGGCCUGUUGAUGCCGCGAUUUUUAGAACCCAAGAAGGGGUCUGCUUCGUGGAUGUCCUCAGUAAAAAGGGCAAAGAAGACAUUCCAAAUAAGAACACUAAAGAUUACGAUAUCAUGAAAUGGGAGAAGGAGCUGAGAGCCCAACUUGAGGAAAAGAAAGGCCCGCAACGGAAGCUGACCGCCGAGGAGACGUCUAAAGUAAAUGCACAAUUGAAGAAAGAGGCUCAAAUACGAGCAUCUGUUCAAUCAAUUGAAGCUAGACUCCUACGAGGCGUCGGUAUUGUACACUCCCUUGCAGUUGGACCACCUACCGAUGCGACACUCUGGCUUGGAUCUGCUAUCAAGUCACUUCUUGCAGUUAUGGAAGCUGGUGCGAGCCUUAUUAUAGGCGAUGCUGCCUCCAAGGUUUACAUCGAUUGCUCUGAAAAAGUGAGCUCUAGGCUUGGCCCAAUUCGCCCUGCUAUUGGAAUCGCUACGCUUAGACUUCGAAAUCUGUCGUUGCCAGCAAUCUAUGGAGACGAACCACUCGCCGAUCUUGCAACAAGACUCUUGUAUCGUCUUCGAUUUGCUGGUGAGCAGCGACCUUUUGAUGCGGUAUCUUUAAUAUACAUCUUUCCACUUCUCUUUUAUGUUUUGCGAGAAGGGGGCGUUGGCGACGCUCUGGAUGAGCGAGAUACUCAAAUCGUACUAGCUGUGGAGUUCAUCUCCUUUCACAGCAUUACCUUUGCUGAUGAAUCAAUACCACGCGCAGAGCUUUUGGGCGUUCUCAUUCAUUCCAUGAAAAGCCAUGCUCAACACUACAAAAUCAUCAAGGAUUGUUUUGCUGACGUCUGCCGAUGCAUUGCGCCAAAUAUCACUACCAAUGAGAUGUUGGUCCUUGCUCAGGGGGCGGUGAUAUCACAAGCUAGUGUCCGCACUGCUGUUUUGCAGUCAAUCAGCGCGGACAUUGAUAUGACUGAACUCGGUUACAAUAAUGAGAUUUGGCUAGCGUGCCAUGACGAUAUAGAAGAAAACCAAGAGCUUGGGAAGGAGAUAUGGGAAGAAAGCGGGUACCAGCUCAAUGCCGAAGUCCCUAAGUUGAUGGUACCAUUUUUAAGCAGCAAAGAUGGACAACUCCGUCGGGCUGCGGCGCGCUCACUUGCGAAAGCGACGCAAAUCUACAAAGAAACUCUAAUGGCAGUCAUUCCCGAAUUAGAGUCCAUCUAUUUGGAAAUGGCAAAGCCAAAAGUCCAGUUGCUUGAUGAGUUUGGAAUGCCAAAGAAGAUGGAUCUAUCUGACCCGUGGGAAGCGAGACAAGGCAUAGCCACUGGUUUUAGAGAACUUGCUAGUGUCCUGGAUCCAACCCAAGCGGGACAGUUACUCGACUUUUUGAUCCAGUCUGGGCCUCUGGCAGACAAGAACGCCUCAGUUCGAACUGAGACUCUUGAUGCUGCGAUAAGGAUCAUCGAAUUCCAGGGAAAUAGCAUAAUUGACGAGCUGAUGAAGAAGUUCGAGGCGACCCUGGAACAGCCUGACAAAAAUAGCGACGAAGUGGAUCGCGUCAACGAGGCUGUUGUUAUUAUGUAUGGCGCUUUGGCUCGCCAUCUAGAUGCAGGUGACAAGAAAAUCCCUGUUGUGAUUGAGCGUCUUUUGGCAACACUGAGCACCCCAUCUGAGAUGGUCCAAUAUGCUAUUGCUGAAUGCCUACCUCCGCUUAUUAAAGCCUAUCCAUCAAAACUGCCGGACUAUGUGCAGCAAUUGAUGAAUGAACUUCUGAAUUCUAAGAAAUACGCCACCCAACGAGGGGCUGCUUACGGCCUAGCAGGCUUAAUCCUUGGAAGUGGUAUAUCUACUAUCAAGGAAUUUCGAAUCAUGUCAGACCUUAGAGGUGCUCUGGAAAACAAGAAGGACUCACAUCAGAGAGAGGCAGCUCUGCUGGCGUUUGAGCUGCUAUCCAGUAUACUUGGCCGUCUUUUCGAGCCUUAUGUUAUUCAAAUUGUGCCUCUGCUCCUUAGUGGAUUUGGAGACGCAAACGCAGAUGUCAGAGAUGCUUGCUUGGCAGCCGCAAAGGCUUGUUUUGGGAAACUAAGCUCAUACGGCGUUAAAAAGAUCAUGCCGACUCUCCUAGAGGGACUUGACGAUCAGCAGUGGCGUAGCAAACGAGGGGCCUGUGACCUUCUCGGUGCAAUGGCAUACCUUGAUCCUAAUCAGCUCGCUACCAGUUUACCUGAUAUCAUCCCCCCUCUAACGAGCGUGCUCAAUGAUAGUCACAAGGAAGUUAGAGCCGCCGCUAACAGAAGUUUGAAGAGAUUCGGUGAUGUCAUCAACAACCCUGAAGUAAAGAGCUUGGUUGAUGUUAUCCUAAAAGCUCUUAGCGAUCCAACUAAAUAUACCGACGAAGCGUUGGAAUCAUUGAUCAAGGUUCAGUUUGUGCACUACCUUGACGCGCCUUCUCUGGCUUUGAUCACUCGUAUCUUGCAACGUGGUCUAGGAGAUCGCUCAAAUACAAAGCGCAAGGCAGCACAAGUAAUUGGAAGUUUGGCUCACUUAACGGAAAAGAAAGACAUUGUUAUGCACCUCCCAGUCCUUGUCUCCGGGCUUAAGAUUGCCGCCGUUGAUCCAGUACCGACGACCCGUGCGACGGCAUCCAGAGCCCUGGGCUCUUUGGUUGAGAAGUUAGGAGAGGAUACGCUGCCCAAUCUCAUUCCCGAGCUAAUGCAAACUUUGAAAUCGGACACCGGUGCUGGCGACCGUCUUGGAUCUGCGCAGGCAUUGAGUGAAGUCCUAGCUGGCUUGGGUACAAGCAGACUCGAAGAAACGCUGCCGACAAUCCUCCAAAACGUGGAGUCUUCCAAACCUGCUGUCCGUGAAGGUUUCAUGUCUCUCUUUAUAUUCCUCCCUGUUUGUUUUGGCAAUAGCUUUUCUGCAUAUUUGGGCCGAAUUGUUCCCCCAAUCCUUGCUGGCCUGGCUGACGAUGUGGAGUCUAUUCGCGAAACAGCUCUUCGCGCUGGGCGGCUGCUUGUCAAAAAUUUUGCAAUUCGGGCUGUAGACCUCCUUUUACCGGAAUUGGAGCGAGGAUUGGCGGAUGACAGCUAUAGAAUUCGUCUCAGCUCUGUUGAGCUUGUUGGCGAUCUUCUCUUCAACCUUACGGGAGUGAAGGCUGGUGCAGAGCCAGGAGAGGAAGAUGAUGACAAUGCCAAGGAGGCAAGUGCAUCUUUGAAAGAAGUUCUCGGAGAAGAGAAACGGGACAAGAUCUUGUCUACUCUCUACAUCUGUCGAUGCGACACGGCUGGGGCAGUUCGUUCUGCUGCUAUUUCAGUUUGGAAAGCCCUUGUUCACAGCCCUAGAACACUCAAAGAAUUGGUACCAACUCUAACAAGGCUAUUGAUCCAACGCCUUGGCAGCUCUAACAUGGAACAUAAAGUCAUUGCCAGUAACGCGCUUGGAGAACUAAUUCGAAAAGCAGGCGAUGGUGUUCUUGCUAGUCUCUUGCCCACCUUGGAAACAGGACUACAGACUUCUACAGACACCGAUGCCAAACAGGGCAUAUGUCUUGCCCUUCGCGAGCUUAUUUCGUCUGCAUCACCAGAGUCUCUGGAAGACCACGAAAAGACGCUCAUUUCUGUUGUCCGUACUGCUCUCAUAGACUCGGAUGCAGAUGUUAGAGAGGCAGCCGCAGAGGCGUUUGACUCCCUUCAGCAAAUUUUCGGCAAACGGGCAGUUGACCAGGUUCUUCCGUUCCUACUCAACCUCCUUCGAUCUGAGAAUGAAGCAGAAAAUGCCUUGUCAGCACUUCUAACGCUUUUGACUGACUCCACUCGGUCGAAUAUCAUUUUACCUAACCUCAUACCGACUCUAACGACCCCACCAAUUUCAGCAUUUGAUGCAAAGGCUUUGGCUUCUUUGUCUAAGGUUGCUGGCGCAUCCAUGAAUCGCCGUCUACCUAACAUUAUCCAGUCGCUGAUGGAGAAUGAAAUCAACUGUAGAGAAGACGGGUUGCGAGAGGAAUUAGCAGCGUCAUUCGACACGGUGAUUCAGUCUAUUGACGAAUAUGAUGGCCUUAAUACUGUCAUGAAUGUUCUUCUUGGCCUACUUAAGCAUGAAGAUCACCGACGGAGGGCUGCUACGGCUCAGCACAUGGGAAAUUUCUUCUCUGAGUCAAGCGUGGAUUACUCUCGGUAUAACCAGGACAUUAUUCGGUCGUUGCUGAAUUCGUUUGAUGACGGAGACCUGGACGUGGUCAAGACUGCUUGGAGUGCUCUCAGCGUGUUUACGAAGAAGCUCAAAAAGGAAGAAAUGGAAUCACUCGUUUUAUCGACUCGACAGACGCUCCAGCGUACCGGAGUUGCAGGUGCUAACUUGCGAGGAUUCGAACUUCCUAAGGGAAUCAGUGCCGUUCUUCCAAUCUUUCUUCAGGGUCUCAUCAACGGCACUGUAGAGCAAAGAGUGCAAGCGGCUCUCGGUAUUUCUGAUAUUGUUGACCGCACAAGCGAAGCAUCGCUGAAACCAUUUGUCACCCAAAUCACAGGACCGCUGAUCCGUGUGGUUUCUGAGCGUGCUACUGAAGUAAAAUCGGCCAUUUUACUCACGCUGAAUGGCUUACUUGAGAAAAUGCCAACAGCACUGAAGCCUUUCCUGCCUCAGCUUCAACGAACCUUUGCUAAGUCUUUAGCAGAUACGUCUAGCGAAGUUUUGAGGACUAGAGCUGCAAAAGCCCUAGGAACUCUGAUCAAUUAUACGCCCAGAAUCGACCCUUUGAUUACUGAGCUUGUGACGGGAGCAAAAACUACCGAUCCGGGUGUCAGGACGGCAAUGUUCAAAGCCUUGUAUGAAGUGGUCAGCAGGGCUGGCGCAAACAUGGGCGAAACCUCCAGAUCAGCUGUACUGUCAUUAAUCGAUGCGGAUACUGAUGAAAGAGAUGAGGCCAUGAUAGUCACCAAUGCAAAGCUUCUAGGCGCUUUGAUUAAGAAUGUAUCUGAAGAUGUCGCCAUCAGCUUGCUCAGAAAUAGGGUCAUAACACCUCAGCUUACUAACUCCUCCGUCUUGGCUCUGAAUUCAGUAUUGGUUGAGUCGCCAGACAUUUUAUUGUCGAGCGGUUUAAUUGAUGAAUUACCAGGGCUGCUCUGUGGUGGAAUGGGUGAUAAACGAACUUAUAUCGCAGAUAACUUCAUCCUGGCAACUGGAAAAUUUUUGCUUUCAUCCCCUCCAAAAUCAUUUGAUGACACCAAGCAGAUAUUCGAUGCUUUGGCGCUCAUCAUCCAACCGGGCAAUGCUACUGAUUCACGGCGACUUGCUCUAGUGACCAUUCGUACACUAAGCAGAAAGAAUGCUGAUUUAGUACGACCUCAUGUGUCACUGUUGGCGCCGCCGAUUUUCGCGAGUGUCAGGGACCCAGUAAUACCUGUAAAGCUAUCUGCUGAAGCAGCAUUUGUUGAGUUGUUCAGUGUCGCAGACGAAGAGAGCCGAAUAUUUGAUAAGUAUUUGGGAGGGCCGGGUAAUGAUCUGCCUCCAAACACCAAGAGAAGCAUGAGUGACUACUUCAAGCGAGUUGCCAUGAGGCUAGGUGUCCAGGCUAGAGAGAGGAGAGAAGCUGAGGGAGGACAAGGGAGCUUGGGGCUGUCGAAUGAUGAGCUCGAGGAUGAGCGAGAAAUAUGGAGCGUGGGAAAAGUUGAUUUUGAUGGAGAGGCAGCUAACUGCUACGAGCCUCUCCAGAAAUUCUGGCCUCGUAAACCCUCCCCCAAAACUUCAUCCAACCUCAUCGCCAUCGAGGGCCGGCCAUCAACACCGAAGUUAUUCAAGAUGGUCAACCUGCGAACUCAGAAGCGCCUUGCCGCGUCAGUCAUUGGCUGCGGCAAGCGCAAGAUUUGGCUUGAUCCUAGCGAGCAGAGCGAGAUCUCAAACGCCAACUCUCGCCAGACUAUCCGAAAGCUCGUCGCCGAUGGCCUCAUUAUCCGAAAGCCGGUGACCAUGCACUCGCGAUCCCGAGCUCGCGAGCUCAACCUCUCCCGAAGAGAAGGCCGACACCGUGGUUUCGGUAAGAGAAAGGGUACCGCCGACGCUCGUAUGCCCACCCAGGUUCUCUGGAUGCGCCGCCUUCGCGUCCUCCGCCGCCUUCUCGUCAAGUACCGUGCCAGCGGCAAGAUCGACAAGCACCUCUACCACGAGCUCUACCACCUGAGCAAGGGUAACACAUUCAAGCACAAGCGUGCUCUGGUGGAGCACAUCCACCGUGCCAAGGCCGAGAAGCAGCGUGAGAAGGCGCUCAAGGAUGAGAUGGAUGCUAAGCGUGCCAAGACCAAGGCCGCUCGUGAGCGCAAGUUGGAGAGAGUGGCGGCGAAGCGAAACGCCCUGCUGGCGGAUGACGAGUAA